AUGAAGUCCAAGAUUCUGGCUGCGGUUCCAGACCCAAAGUCACCCUUGUCGGGCAUAUUUAUUGCCGAGUCUGCAGGUUUCGUUCGGCAAGUCAAAUUGACUUCCUCCGAACCACAAGCGACGUAUCGUGGCCCAAAAGCUCCAGUUACUUGUCUGGCAAUAGGGGGUGCGGACAACAAAACUAUUUUUGCAGGAUCAUGGGACAAGGAUAUCUGGUCAUGGGACAUUGCGUCGACUCAGCUUGGACGCAAAUACAGCGGCCACUCGGAUUUUGUAAAAGCAGUACUUUGCGCCAAGCUCAAAGACAAGGAUAUUCUCAUCAGUGGUGGAGCCGACAAGAAGAUUCUCGUCUGGGAUAUCGAAACAGGUCGUAGACUGCACACCAUUCAAGAUCCCACGACAAGCAUGCUCGCCAUUCAACAUUUAGCUUUGGAUCCGGUACUCACCACCCGGGAAGAGAUCGUGUUGGUAAGUGCCGGCAGCGAUCCUCAUAUUCGGCGAUGGAAAGUUGGUCUUGAUGGCUACGAGCAAAUAACAGAGGCAUUUCACGAUCGUCCUAGCGCUGAGAGGUUAACGAUUGAGGAGCACGACACGAGCGUCUAUAGGGUGGUGUUUGACGUGGAUGGGGAGGAUGUUGACUUGUGGACUGCAAGUGCAGACGGAACGGCAAAGUGCCUAUCUAGGUCCCGGAACUUUGUCGCUGAAGAUGAUCUGAAUCAUGGUGACUAUGUCCGGGCGGUUCAACCAACCGAACAAUGGGUUAUUACAGCUGGAAGGGACGAACAUGUCAAGGUGUGGGACAGAGCCACGGGGAAGCUCUAUUGCUCUCUGGAAGGCCACUUUGACGAGAUCACAGACCUGGUACUGCUUCGCAAUGCUGAGGGCUCACCCGAGAAAAUCUGUAGCGUCAGUAUCGACAGGACGAUACGCACCUGGCCGCUUCAAAAGACGGAUCUGGAUGAUGUCGUCAAAGAGGUUGAAGAAGCCAAGAAGCCAAGUAUCAAGGAGGCCCAAACCGGCAGCGAGAGUCUCCUGACAGCUGAAGAGGAAGCAGAGCUGGCAGAACUAAUGGAUGACUAA